UUUUGUGAGGCUACAAAGCGAAAAAGAGGCUAAAUAUUUUUCAGACGAAACAUCAAUAUGGCGGGCAGGAAGUUUAUAUUCCAAAUUUUGCUGGUAUCGAUUCUGUAUUCUUCAGUAAAAGGAGACAAAUUACAAUCAAAAAUAUAUAAAACUUUCAAGAGCUUUUUCCCUUGUGUGUUACUAACAAAUGCAACACAUUCAAUAGGAUGUACAUCUUCUAUGAAUGGCAAUGUGGGUGUGCUACACCUGAUAGCAAAAUCAGAACAUCUAGAAUGGCUUCUAAAUGUUGGUCCUCAUAAGCCAUACAUACCACUCAUAUCAUCCAGUAUGUUUACAAAAGAUACAAUGGAUCGCCUUGUAGCAUCAAAGAAAAUCAAUGGGGCAUUAGUUAUAAGCACUGGACACCUUGGAAAAACACCACUUGCCGGAUUUUCACCUGAUCCUGCUUGUCCUCUUGAUAAAUACGGCAUGUAUUCAGAUAACAAGGAAUAUUCAAGCUGCAAAAAAGUUCAAUGGAACAAAAAGGGAAAUUCAAUGUCAAUGGUUUAUUAUGAUCUUCCAAUAUUUGCCUUGGGUUCUGAAGAAGAAAUCAAUGAAACAAUGCGGUGUAUAGAGAAGCACAACUCAAAUUCCGAAUAUCCAUUGUGUGCAGUUGAACUAAAAGAUUUCAUGUUUGCUGCAAAAGACACUCCUACUUGUAAAAGAAAAUCAGAUGCCCCCGUAUUCCUGCAAAGCACGAUAAAUUCAUUUUGUGAUCCUCUUGGAGACUGGAAUGUUUGGGGCACUCUGUACCCCCUCACCAAACCUCUGGCGGAAAAAGAAGUUAUCAUCGUCUCAUCAAGGAUGGACAGCUCUGGGUUCUUCCACGAUCUGGCUCCUGGUGCAAACAAUGACGUAUCUGGUAUUGUGACCCUUCUUGGAGCGGCAUAUGCUCUUGGAGAACUCAAAAGAAAAAUCAAAGCUGGAACAUUGACAGGCCACAAAAUGAAACCAGUCAUGUUUAUUUUGUUCAACGGGGAAAUUUGGGAUUAUAUUGGCUCCUCUCGGAUGGUAUGGGAUAUGGAAAAUGGCGAUUUUCCUUACUCAAAUGAAAAGCCGAAGGGCAGCAAUAACACUGUUUCAAAGAUGAAUUUGUCGAAUAUUGGAUACUUUUUGGAAAUCAGUCAAGUUGGAGAGAUGGCAAAUAACACAGUUUGGAUGCAUAGUGAUCCCGUUUCUGUCUCCGGAGAUCCUGAUGUUAAAAAGGAGGUUGAAAAAAUGGAAUCCUACCUGAUGGGGGCGGGCAAAUCUGGAAGUAUUGAAAUCAACAAAGCUGACCCAUCAGACCCCCUACCCCCCGCAUCAUUUCAAAGGUUUCUUCGCUCAAAGAAACUGAAGAAGAAGAUUCCUGGAAUUGUAUUGGCAGAUCACAAAAAGGAAUUCCAUAACAUGUAUUACAAUAGUCGAUACGAUGAUGCAGAAAAUAUCGGAGUCAAAUUUGAUGUCAUUAAUCGCGAUGGAAAAACAUACCUCUCAACUCGAAAGAAUGAAAGUGAGGAGCUUGCUAAUUUAGCAAAAGCUGUCGCCACUGCUGUGUACAAGCUUGCUACCGAUGGGAAGGAGCCUCCUGCACCAAUGAACGUUUCUGCGCAACAGAUUGCAGACCUGAUAUCGUGUUUCUUAAUAUCGGCUAGCUGUCCCGUUUUCCGAGAAAUCCUUCCAGUGAAUUCUAAAAGUACUCUGCCCAAAAAGCCGUUCUCUCGCUACAUCAGUGUUGCACAAUUUACAAACCCUAUAACGGACAUAAUCUACCUUCUGCUCGGCUAUUAUACUGGUAACUGGACAAAAUACGACGGAAAUUGCUCGGACACUAGGAACAAUCUUCCAACUGCUGUGUCAAAAUACGGUAUGAAAGGCCCACUGAAUUCGCAGGCAAUUUGCGUUGAAUUUGCAGUGCACAAGACUCCAGCUGUUUCACCAGCCUUUGAAAUCAAAGACUAUAAAUCGACCGAAUUCUCUACGUGGGCAGAGAGCAUGUGGAACGCUGACUUCGGGGUGAGGAUGUUCUUAGUUUCUGGACCUACAAUGGAAUACACAGUGUUUGGGUGUGGAGUGCUUGUUCUAAUCUUGUCAUUCGUGACCGUGCAGUUGGUCUACAAAAGAGCAAACAUAAUUUUUACACCAAGUAAUACUUACGAUACACAACAGGACAGUCAGGAAGUCGUCAACUGAGUUCGUUAGUAACUGUCUUUAAAGAACAAUUUUUCAGCAUGUAUUGUCAAUAAACAUAUUUUUAUUGGUUGCGAAGAUCUUUCAGGCACUCUUUCAAAUAAAGUUCCUUUGGUACUGAGAUUUUUCAAGGACUUGAACAGAUUUCUCGUACCAACUUUUUUCUUCUCAAAAUUCGUCAAUGUUUCUACAUCGCCCCUUCAAACUUAUACCAGUAGUAUCUUAAAUAUCUUGUCUGUGUGAUUUGAAAUUGGCUCUGUUACACUCUUUUUUAUAAGAACCAGAUAAUUUUUCCGAGGCUAGAUGUUCCUCUUUUUUGAAUCAUUUGCAGCUUGAAUGUUCUCAAUUUCGUUCUUAGAUCAAAAUUAAUUUUGUAAAACUACAACCUAUGAAUUGUUUUGCAUGACGUUUCCAGUAUCACUGUUACUGGGCUAAUAAAAUUGAACCCGUUUGUUGACAUUUUUCAUGUUGAUUUUCCCUGCUACUUUUCUAUCUGUGGCUGGCCAUGUUUGUUAUUAUUUUUGACAAAUCGACCCUCAAUUUUCGUUUAAAAAGUGUGUUCUUAUAAAAAAGAGAGUUUUUAAAAGGUUUCUGCGAAUCCAAAUUACGUAUAGUCCAUACUAAACUCACGAGUUAUCAAAAGAUGUUACCAAUUGGAAGUCAAUCGAAAAUCCUUCUGCUCUUUUCAGAAAAAUAAAGUGGCAGCAAAAUAAAAUUGUAGUAAGAUAUUAUAUGUAUAUUUCUUUGACGUUUUUCUAUGUAUGUGAAUAAUUUAUAUGUAAUUAUGAAGUUCCCCUUGAAUUUCGCAGUACUAAUUUUUCUUUUCUCUUUAGUCUCUCUCUGAUCUCUCUCAGGCCCUUUCUUGCUAGCUCCUACAGUGGAACUAAGAAUUUUCAAUUAGCCCCAAAAUUUUUAUGAUUUAUGCUUUUAGUCCAUGAUACAUGACAUGUGUGCGGGAAAAUGAAAAACUAAAAUACGGAGCGUUUUCACAAUGUCUUUUUUGACAACAUCGAUUUGCAGUGUGCUUCGUUUCAAAGGUGAAUUUGAAAAAAUGAAAAAUUCUUUGAAAACGAACUAUUUGUUUGGCGCCUUUCAGAUCCUCGUUCUUUCAGAUCCUCGGCGUUUAAGUCCUAACUCGUUUAAACACCCUUCGAAAAAUCUCCCAUCCAAAAACGCCCGAAUUCAUAAGAAUCCAGGGGGGCUAUGCAAGGAUUUACGGUAUAUAUGUAUUAAACUCGAUCGGAUAAAAACAUGAUUGCGCAGUAAGUACGUGGUGAAACCGUAGAAAGUACAAGGCAAAAAUUGAGAAUAAGUAAAAAUAAGAAAAGUAAAGAAAGUAAGAGGGCAAAAAGCAACAAGUUCUAGAAAGAGAUGAAUUAUCUUUUUGUUCAACGAUUUGUAAAAUAAUUGUGUGGAUGAUUAGUUGGUAAAUAAAUGAAAAUUUUAUCAGUGUCAAUAGAAUAGACAAAACUUUACGUUCUUCUUAGGAAAAGAUUCAUUUCUCAAUUGUAACGUUUUUCUCGACAGCAUUCUUUUUUGUUCGUUGAGAGCCUUUGCUUAACUUGAUAAGUUUAGUGGCACUGCGUC